AGCAGUAGCGUUACAGGUAAUUGUCUGUAAGUAAACAUAGUAAGUUUGGUUUGUAAAUGUAGCAUUAAUGUGACGUUUUGCGCCUUUUACUCAUUAAGUUUGCCUUAAGCCAGAUGGAGUUUCUAUACAACCGACAGGGCAUGAGACUGUGUGACCCUGAGUAGCUCCUGCUCCAGCACUUCUCUCCUUUCUGACCUCAUGACCACCCCACCGCUCGGGCAGUUCCCUGCUCAGCAGGCGCAAGCAGCACGGGAUGUAAACACAGCCUCGCUGUGUCGCAUCGGACAGGAAACUGUGCAGGACAUAGUUUUGAGAACCAUGGAGAUCUUUCAGCUGCUUCGAAACAUGCAGCUACCGAACGGGGUCACGUACCAUCCUAACACGCAUCAGGACCGGCUCGGGAAGCUGCAGGAGCACCUGCGCAUGCUGUCCGUCCUCUUCCGCAAACUGCGCCUGGUCUUUGACAAAUGCAACGAGAACUGCGCUGGUCUAGAGCCCAUUCCUCCUGAGCAACUCAUCCCCUACGUGGAGGACGACAGCUCCAAACUAGACGAGCGCGUAGCCAGUCAGAUGCGUUCAUCCAGUGAAGACAGGAGAGAAGUCCUUGAGGUGAACAAGAAACUUAAACAAAAGAACCAGCAACUGAAGCAGAUAAUGGAUCAGCUCAGAAACCUCAUCUGGGAGAUCAACUCCAUGCUGGCUGUGAGGAGCUAAAAACACACACACACACUCAUAUACGCAUACUAGCUCGCUCACGGCCCACUCGCAAGACCUACUAUUGUCUACACACAUUGCAUUAAUGAGAUGUGUUUUCACUGAGCGUGAAGUGGAAAGAUAGCAGAGACAGAUGAAAGGUACUGGGGUGAAAAAUUGCACGAGGGAAGGAGGAAAAAGAAACGACAGAGUGAAAUGGAGUAAAUUUUUUUCACUGCUCGUUCGUGCCACACGGUUGAGCAAGGAUUCAGUUUAUCUGCCUUAAAUUCGAUUUCCAGCGUGAACAUUUCAAAGACAGGCGCAUCUCUUAUUCGCUGUAAUGAAUUUCAUUCUUAAUUGUAUUCCAAAUAUUUGUAAAGCUAAAAGGAUAAAAUGAAAAAAACGGACUUUUUAUUAAAUUAAACCUUUCAUAGUAUAAUAUGUAGCAAGACUAUAUGUUACAGUAAGUAAGUAAUAUAUGUUACAGUAUAUUGCAAUGUUUUAAUUUGUAUUCAAUGCAAACCCUAUGUAAUGCCAGAAAUUCUGGCAGCUUUAUAUUGCAUAAUUAGUAAACACUAUUAUAAAUAGUGCUUUAAAAAAACAUUUUUUUAAAAUUUGUAUUUAUGAUCUGCUGAUUUGAUUGAAAUUGAGUUUUUUUUCCCCCCAUAUAAUAUAAUUUAAAAAAUAUUUUUUUCCCACAUAUAUAUGUGUAGCAUAAAUAAAGGCAAAAGUGUCACACUUCAGAGGCACAAAAAAAAUAGUUUUUGUCUUGAAUUUUAAGUAGUAAUUUUAAACAGGCUAAAGCCUGUUUUUUUGUUUGUUUCUGAGACGCAUUGCAAAACAGUUUGGAGUGUUUAGACUUUCAGCACGAUCAAACAAGGAGGUGGGAAGAACAUACACCUGGGUCCAUAAGUAUUUGGACAGUGUCAGAUGCAAUCAGUGGAAACUUUUAUUUAUUUAUUUUAACAUUAACCACUUUUUUCCCCACAGAAAAAAGAAUAAAGUCCCUCCAUUUUAAAGGCUCAAAAGUAUUCAGACACUUGCUUGAUGAGACAUUUCAUGGCCCAUUUCUUAAUCAUUUUAUGACAAAAAAGUAGUGAUAAGUUCUGGUGUUCAAAGAAACUCUUAAUAAACAGUUACUGUUAUGCUAUUACUACUGUCUAUUCCAAAAUAAUUGCUGCUUAUUGAUUUUCUUUAGGCGGCACGGUGGCUUAGUGGUUAACACUGUCGUCCUUGCACCUCCAGGAUCCAGGUUCUAUUCCCGGCUAAGUUCAAGUGGGUGCCUCAGCUUGGUCUGUUUCCUCCGGGUGCUCCGGUUUCCUCCCGCAUUGCAAAGACAUGCAAAGACAGAUUAGUUUAUUUAGCGUUAUCAAAAUGACGGCAAAUAAUAAUAAUCAAAAUGCCUAAGUGUGUGUGUGUGCUCUGCGAUGGAUUUGCACCCGGAAAACGGAGUACGUGGAAGAAACCCACCAAGCACAGGGAGACCAUACAUACAAACUCCAUGCACACAGACCCUGAGGCAGGAAUAGAACCCUCAGCCCUGGAGGUGCACUACAGUAAUGACCACUAAGCCACUGUGCUGCCUACCGCAAAUGCAAGCAAAUAUAAAUUAAUGAUAAAUUUCAAAAAGAUAGAUUUGGAGUCAGUGAACUGAAAAAAAAUAAAUCACGUUAUGUUUUUUUUCCCAUCAUUAUGAUUCAUUAUAAGCCACACCACCUGUGUUUGAGGAGAAGGCGUGCGAUAUCCCACUGGCAUUGCUGUGCAUGAGAACGGGCAACAUUCCAACCUACGUGCUUUGCCAGAAGUGUCAAAAGUAUUAACAAAUCACAAUGCAACAAAUCAAUCAACAAAAUAAAACACACUCGUCUACCAUCAAA